AUGGUGGAAGUGAAUGUGUCGACAUCAAGCCGUUAUAUGGCAGCAUUAGGCGUAGACACGCGAUUUGUCUUGCCAGACAUAUCGAUGCCGUCGUGCUCGGUGGAGGAUUCAUGGUCAAAACCAGUACGACGCCUUCUCCGCAACCCCGAGGCACCAUUCUACCGCCACCCAAUUACCCAACUACCCGCUACUUAUUUGACCCAACAAAAUCCACCUUUACAAGUAGCAGAGGAGGAAGAGGAGGAGGAACGUGAGCGGCUAUCCCCAUUACACUCCUGUGCUGGGAGCGACUCGGCAUCGUCGAUACUGCAACCAUGUGGGGAGCACAGUGAGGAGGAUUCAGGAAGAGGCACGUGCGCUUCGUCAGGAGCGCCUUACUGUGAUGUCGAAUGCGAUCUGAGCGAUGUCGAUGAAGCCGAGGAGCCUCAUAUCGAUGAUGAGCAACCUUGUGAAUGGAGUGGUGGAUGUGUGGUGGAACCAAUGACUGAUUCCGAAUUGGACUAUGUGGAAAGGGCACAUCGUAAUAGCAAAUUCUUGGAGGUCUAUAGUGAACCGAGUCUACGAUUUGUUACCGUACCUCCAUAUUCGUUUGUGCUGCCAAGGAUUAUAGGUAAACAUUUAAAGCUCAAUUAUAUUCAACAUUAUCUUACAUAAGC